GGAGUGUCUCGGGGGAGGAGAGGGGAUGAAAACAUCCUUAGGAUGAGCGGGAAGGCUCCCCCGGGCCUGGAGGGCAGGGUCCGGAAAACACUGCACAAGGUCUUCGGGUUCGAGUCCUUCAAGACUUCCCUGCAGGAAAGUGCGACCAUGGCUGUGGUGAGAGGAGAGAAGGAUGUCUUUGUGUGCAUGCCCACAGGGGCAGGGAAAUCCUUGUGCUACCAGCUUCCUGCAGUUCUGGCAGUGGGCAUCACCAUUGUCAUUUCACCUCUGAUUGCAUUGAUUCAGGAUCAAGUGGAUCACCUGCUUGCUCUGAAGAUCAAAGCCUGCUCUCUCAACUCCAAGCUGUCUGCCCAGGAGAAGAAAACCAUCCUGGCUGACUUGGCAAGUGAGAAGCCUCAAGUAAAGCUCCUGUACAUCACUCCAGAGAUGGCAGCUGCUUCUUCCUUCCAGCCAACCUUGAACUCCCUGGUGUCCAGAAACCUCCUGUCCUACCUGGUCAUUGAUGAAGCUCACUGUGUGUCCCAGUGGGGACACGACUUUCGCCCCGACUACCUGCGCCUGGGCUCCCUGCGUGCCCGCAUCCCCCACACCCCCUGCGUUGCCCUGACUGCCACUGCCACCAAGCAGGUCCAAGAGGACGUGGUGGCAGCACUCAAGCUCAAGCAGCCACUUUCCACCUUUAAGACUCCUUGUUUCAGAUCUAACUUGUUCUAUGAUGUGCAGUUCAAAGAGCUGCUGACUGAUCCGUACGCCAACUUGAAGGAUUUCUGUCUGAAGGCGCUUGAAGUGAAGGGCGACACUGGGGUGUACUCGGGCUGUGGCAUCGUGUACUGCAGGAUGAGGGAUGUGUGUGACCAGCUGGCCAUUGAGCUGAGCUACCGAGGGCUGAAAGCCAAAGCCUACCAUGCAGGGCUCAAGGCAGCUGACAGGACUUCUGUCCAGAAUGAAUGGAUGGAGGAGAAGAUCCCUGUCAUUGUUGCAACCAUCAGUUUUGGAAUGGGAGUAGACAAAGCAAAUGUCAGAUUUGUUGCCCACUGGAAUAUUGCCAAGUCAAUGGCUGGAUAUUACCAGGAGUCUGGCAGAGCUGGAAGAGAUGGAAAACCAUCCUGCUGCCGCCUCUAUUACUCCAGGAAUGACCGGGAUCAAGUCAGCUUCCUGAUCAAGAAGGAGCUCUCUAACAUCCAGGAAACAAAAGGCACCUUAAAAGAGUGUGACAAAGCUGUGAUGACAGCUUUUGACGCCAUUGUGAACUUCUGUGAGGAGCUGGGCUGUCGCCACGCUGCCAUAGCAAAGUACUUCGGUGAUGUCACCCCACCUUGCAACAAGUGCUGUGACUUCUGCAAGAACCCAGGGGCAGUGAAAAGGCAACUGGAGGAACUGGAACGCUGCAGCAACAGCUGGAGCAAUACCUGCAUCAGGCCCACGGGAUCCUCCUGGGAUAGCUACGACCCAGAGCUGUACGAGGGCGGCAGGAGAGGCUGCAGAGGCUUCAGCAGGUAUGAUGAAGAGGGUGGUGGGAAUUGGGAUGAAGACAACGAGGAGCGUCGGAAACGGGAGUGGGACAACUUCUACAAGAAACAGAUGAGUCUGCGCAAGGGCAAAGAACCAGAAAAGGAAGAUUUUGUUCCUCCAAGUGCAGACUGUCCCCUGAAGGAUGCUGCCAGCAGGAGGAUCUCCAAGCUCACUGUGAAGGCCCGGGAACACUGCCUGAAGAUGCUGGAAGAAGCUUUGAGCAACAACCAAAAUAUUCCAGCAGCAGAAGGAAAAUGGUCAGACCCUGGUGCCUGUGCAGUGGAAAUGGAAUAUGAAGCUUUCCAGUCCAGCAAAAUGGCAAAUUCCUACAAGGCAGCUGUGCUAAAGAAGGUGGCAGAAAUCAAUAAAGCCUCCAAACAAGGGGAAUUGUUCUCAGUCUUUGGAUCUGGAAGGGGUGGUAACAGCAAUUUGGAAAUAAAAUCUGUGUCUCUAGCAGAAGGGGACUUUGUCCCUGCAUCCCAGGUUCCCUCGUUCAAACCCAAGCGUGUGGGAGCAGGAUUCCCAAAGAAAUCCAGCUUGUUCCAGACAGCAUCAGAACUGCUGAAGAUCAAGGAGGAGAGUGAUGCAAAGCCUGUCAAAAAAGACUGCCCAAGUGGGAAAGACAACAGCAGCUGCAGUCUGGAGCUGGACACCAGAACCCCUGUUCUCCAGAGGGAAGAAACUGCAACCAAAGCAGUGGAUGAGAGUGCAAGGGUAGAACUACCCGCAGAAAAGAAGGGGCAGCAACCCAGUCCAGACACAAAAACUGCCCUUGGGGUCAGCCCUGCUAAGAAGUCCAAACUUAGCAAGAAGCAGCAAAUGCUCGCAGAAGCAGCCAAAAAGGAAUCACAAGAUAUUUCCAAAUUCUUCUCCCUCCCCAAAAGUGGCUCUAAAGCUCAAAGCUGCAGUGCUGCAAAGGAAGAUGGCUGUUCUGCAAGCACACUACCUCAGGUUUCUUCUCAAAGCAUGUGUCAAGAGAAACUAACACCUCAGGAAAACAAAGAUGGCUCUGGAGAUCUGACUGGGCAGUUCCAGGCCGAGAAUAAAGAACUGAGAGAAACAGAAGUAACACUGACUGAGAGAGGGGAGAAUUCUAAGACCCAGCAGGCUGUUGAAUCUGAAUUCCUUGAGGAGGAAGUGGUUAUGAAGUCCAGUGUUGCUGAAAAUGUUGCAGAAUCUGAGCUGCCUGUUGUUGGGGAAAGUGACAGUGGGAAGCGGCCAGGAUCAGAAGAGGAUAUGGAAAGUCCUGCAAAAAAGCGGCUCCGAACAGCAGCAAAAUCUUCAAUUCUGACCCAGCCAGAGAGCAAAGGUGUUGGUUCAACAAAGAAGAAGGUGACAUUUGACUCAAACUUAGUACAGUGUGAUAAAGAAGGAAGCAGCAAGACCAUUCAGCCAGUGACCAAAGGCAUGUCCCUCAAAGAGACUGCAGACAUCGUUGUCAAGUAUUUGACACCAUUCUACAAGGGGGGCAAAUUUGCUUCCAAGGAUCUCUUCAAGGGCUUUGCCAGGCACCUGUCUCACUUACUGACCCAGGAGCAGAGCUCUUCCCGCAAAACAGGUGUGUCUGGAGUUAUUUCAAUGCCAGAUGGGUUCAUGGCUUCAGAGGGGGCAGAUAUCUUAAGUAUCAACUCAAAAAGGUGGUGUUUCCUCUCUUGCAGUGAAGGAGGAAGCACAGAGACUCAUCAAGGAAUUUUUCAAAACAAGGCUCAGGUGUGAGAGUGAGGCAGACUGGGAGGAGCUGCAAAGCUGGGAGAGCUGAUCCCUGCUGCUUGUUGGCUCUCCCUUCCUGCAGCAGCACCACCAGGGGAUGUGGAAGAACUCAGCCAUGGCAGAUUUUAUGAGACUACAGAAAUGAGAUUUAUUUUUCUUUUCCCCACUGCAUUUUUGCUCAUUUCUGUCCUUAGUGACACACAUUCCCAGGGAACCAGUUUUUGUGAACUCAUGGUGUUUCCCCACUAAAUGGGGUGCUGAAACCUCAAGGACCAAGAGGUGUGAAGUUGUACCUGCUGUGUUUGUUAGGCCCUGCUGCCUUGGAUGUUCUGCACUGUGUCCAACCUCUACUACCUGCAGCAGUCUGGGCAGGGCUCAGACAUUCCAGCUGGGACUCUGCUUUGGGAUGGCACCUUGCUUUCUAAAUGGCUCCUCCCCUUGCUCCCCUCUCCUACUCUUAUUUCAGUGUCACCAAUAUGCUACAGGUUCUCAUGCUUUGCUCAGGGCUGCUAGUAACAAACUCAGUGUUUGAGUUCCUGGAUGGAAUAUUUUCAUUUGAGGGGCAGGGCAGGGUAACUUUGUAAUUACCAUGGAGGCAGUGCUUCCUUUCUAAAGGACAAAAAUCUUGGAUUCUUUUUCUUUUAAUGUGAACUUCUUUAACUUUGUCCAGUUCUGUUUGCCCAUUAAUUUAAGUAGUGGUACUCUCUCACUAUUAACCUCUGCAACACUUCCAGCCUUUGCUUGUAAUCCCUAAAGCCAUAUUUGCUCCCUGUGCCUUACCAAAAGUCUGCAGUACAGGGAGCAGUGCUGCUGUUACAGCUGGGCAAGGUUCUGCUGUGACCCUCAAAUUGACAUUGUGGUACCUCUGCUGCUGUGUUUAUAUGGAACCUGAACCUCAAUCCCUGGCAUAAGCCUUCCUGUUGGAUUUCUCUUGGGUUCUGCCUCUGUUCCAUACCUACAGGGGCUGGUGGCCUCAGGCUCUAGUGCUGCCAGAGGAAUGUACAGCCUCAGAGGCUGCCCAGGGGUUUGGAUCACUAUAUUCCACAGUUGUAUUUUUUAAAAUGUUCUGAAGGGUAUAUGCAGAACUGACAAUAAAGCAAUAUUACAACUGCU